AUGUUUGAACAAAAUGCUUUAUCAUCUGCUACCGUUGUGCCCCAAGACGUAGAAAUGCUAUGCGCAUCUCAAGAAACUGUACUUUUAAAAUCUUUUGGAAGAUCGCAGUCUGUGAACUUAGAUGAAGAAUUUGAUAACUAUGUUUCUUCAAAGAAAAAAUUUUUAACUGUUGAUGAUUUUAACUAUAGCAUAAAAAUGUUGGACAAAAAGAUCACUUCUUUAUAUCAACUAUGCCAUUUUGUAGCAACUAAACAGAAGGAGAUAUCAAAAAAUAUCAAAAAGCUUAUCGCAUUUGAAGAACUUUCUGAUAAAAAAUACUUGGCCGAAAAUGCUGAGCACUUUAUUGAUACAAUUGGAAAAACUACUUGGGUUUCUUAUUUUAAUGAAAAAUUAUUACCAGAA